CUGUACACUCAUCAGUCAUCACUUCAGACAUUUCAGUCUUCACGACAUUUUUCCUCUGUCCCAACAAAACAAAAACAAACGACACAACAACCAGCAACACCUGACUCUGCCGCAGCUCUCCCUAACGAGAUGUCGUUUUGCUCGACCCGCCUCACUCCGUCGCCGUCCAACCUCCAUCGCUCAUACGUUUCUACGGGGCAGUGCGGUGGUCGCCUCCACCACCAGAGCGUCGCCUUCGACGUUAGGGUUUUCGAGUGUCCCGGGAGGUGGAACUCUACAAAGCUGACGCUAGCUUUUCGCCAGUUUUCGACGAUCGAAAAUCUCUCGUUUGGUCCGAAGUGCGUGGGAUCGGGAUCCAUUUCCAAGACGAUCGUCGAGGAAUCCGGAGACUCCGAACCGAGAAUCGUUUACGGCGACGGCGAUGACGGAGGGAGUGGUGGCGGCGAUUCUUUUGGCGGAGGAGGUGGUGGAAAUGGCGGCGAUGACGAAGAGAAAGAGGAGUUUGGGCCGAUUUUGAAGUUUGAGGAGGUGAUGAAGGAGGCGGAAGGUCGGGGAGUGAGUCUUCCUUCCGACAUGGUCGAGGCGGCGAAGACGACGGGAAUUCGGAAAGCUUUCCUCUUUCGCUACUUGGAUUUGCAGGGAUCAAUUUGGCCAUUGGGGUUUCUCAUGAAGCACUGUUCAAUGCUACGGGAUCGAAUGCUGGCUGAUCCUUCGUUUCUGUUUAAAGUUGGGACAGAGGUAGUCAUAGAUUCUUGUUGUGCAACAUUUGCAGAAGUCCAGAAAAGGGGAAAGGAUUUCUGGGCAGAAUUUGAGUUGUAUGCUGCUGAUCUUUUAGUUGGUGUGGUGGUUGAUAUUGCUUUGGUGGGUAUGUUAGCGCCCUAUGCUCGAAUAGGGAAGCCAUCCGUCUCAAAAGGUUUAUUUGGAAAUAUAAGACAUGCUUGCGCAGCACUGCCUAGCAGUGUCUUCGAAGCUGAAAGGCCAGGAUGUAAAUUUACAGUGAGUCAACGAAUCGCUACAUACUUCUAUAAGGGAGUGUUGUAUGGAUCGGUUGGGUUUGGAUGUGGUCUUAUUGGCCAAGGCAUUGCAAAUAUGAUCAUGAAUGCUAAACGGAGCGUAAAGAAAUCGGAAGAAGAUAUACCUGUGCCACCUCUCUUUGGAAGUGCUGCUCUUUGGGGUGUUUUUCUGGCCGUGUCUUCAAACACUCGUUAUCAAAUCGUUAAUGGACUUGAACGGCUGGUUGAAGCAUCGCCUUUGGCGAAACAGGUCCCACCUGCUGCAAUGGCAUUCACAGUUGGUGUGCGAUUCGCCAACAAUAUAUAUGGUGGCAUGCAGUUUGUAGAUUGGGCUAAAUGGAGUGGAGUGCAAUAGAUACAAAUAACAUGUUUCUUUUCUUAAAUAUCAAAUGAGCUAUAGAUUUUUCAUUUUUGUUUUUUCCUUUCAUGAGUAAUUUUCUUUAGAUUAGGUUUUGAAUUUCAGUCAUAUAGUUGUCCUUUAUUUGUUGUACCUUUUUAUGCCAUAAUGGCAUGCACUACAUUUUUGCAGGUCUCAGUCUCAAACAAUUAUCUUUUAAAAAAAAAAAAAAACUUAAAAACAAAAA